AUGGCAUCAAUCGACUCUCUUGUUAAAGAAUGGCUUCGCUUAGACAAGAAUCCUGUAACACGCUUAGAAAUAACCAAACUUUAUUCUGAUGGUAAUGUUGAAAAAUUAGAAGAAUGUCUUCGCAAUAGGAUAUCAUUUGGCACUGCAGGAUUGCGAUCUAGUAUGGAAGCUGGAUUCGCGAGGAUAAAUGAUCUCACUAUAAUUCAGACUUCACAGGGUCUUUGCAUGUACCUUCUUGACACUAUACAAAAUGCAAUUGUUAAGGGUGUUGUGAUUGGGUACGAUCAUAGGCAUAAUUCAGAAAAAUUUGCAAGAUUAAGUGCAGCUGUGUUUUUAUCAAAAGGGUUUAAAGUUUAUUUUUAUCGUAAGUUAGUUCAUACCCCACUAGUGCCUUAUGGUGUCAAGAAAUUAAAAGCCGCUUGUGGGAUUAUGAUCACUGCUUCACACAACCCUAAGCAAGAUAAUGGUUAUAAAGUAUAUUGGGAAAAUGCAUGCCAGAUCAUUCCACCACAUGACAAAGGUGUCAGUGAUGCAAUUAAUAAUAAUCUUGAACCCUGGAUAUGGGACCCUCAUGUUGUCGAUAAUAGUGAAUUAUGUAUCGAUAAUAUAAAGGAAAUUUCUGAUGCUUAUUUUGAAGAGCUGAAGGCAUUGUCAUACCACCGAGAAGAUAAUGCGGCAUCAGAUCUAAAAUUUGUUUAUACAGCCAUGCAUGGAGUUGGAACCCCAGCAGCAAAAGGAAUAUUUGAAACAUUUGCUUUAAAAUCACUUAUCCUUACCAAAGAACAGACAGACCCAGAUCCAGACUUUCCGACAGUAACAUUUCCUAAUCCCGAAGAAGGAAAAGGAACAUGGACACUUGCCAUGAAAACAGCAGAUGAAGCUGAGGCACAUGUUAUAUUUGCGAAUGAUCCUGACGCUGAUAGGUUUUCAGUUUCGGAAAAGCAAAAAAAUGGUGAAUGGACAGUCUUUUCGGGAAAUCAAAUAGGUGUAAUGCUUGCAUCUGUUGUAUUAAGUAAUUAUAAGGCUAGUGGCAAACCACUUG